AGAUAGUCACAAUUCACAAGUAAAUGUAGUGUAAUGUAGAUUGUAGAAUUCUGAGGUUAUAUUGCGCAUUGAAUACUAAAUAUUUAAAGUUACUAAAGAUUUAUAUUAGUGGGAAGCGAACUUUAUAAUCGAACUUCCCACAUUUGUGUAGUGGAAUAUUAAUGAGUGGGUGAAACUACGUAACGAGCAAAUACAGUUCGACGGAAACUUGUAAACAACUGAUAACAACUGUUGUAGUUACCGCUUUUGAUCAAGUGUAUAGUUAAGAAGUUGUGCUAUACAGUUAUAAUGGCUGUGACUCUUAAUAAAUUCACUAAAGUGUGGUCUGUCCUAAGCAACUCAAGUAUAAGGACGCUGUCGACAACAUGUCCAAACAGAACAAAAGUAAGUUUCAAUUGGGAGGAUCCAUUGAAUUUGGAAGGACAAUUACUUGAUGAUGAAAAGGCAGUUCGCGAUUCUGUAAAGGCUUAUUGUAAUGAAAAGUUACUACCUAGGAUAGUAGAUGCUAAUAGAAACGAAGUGUUUGAUAAACAAAUAUACAAAGAAAUGGGUGAACUUGGUGUACUCGGAUGUACGAUUAAGGGAUAUGAUUGUGCUGGGGUUUCUAGUAUCACCUAUGGAUUGAUUACAAGAGAACUGGAUGGUAUAGAUUCUGCGUAUAGGUCUGCAAUGAGUGUCCAGAGUAGCUUAGCAAUGGGAGCCAUAUACAUGUAUGGAUCAGAGGAACAAAAACAAAAGUAUUUACCGAAAAUGGCCAAAGGUGAGCUAAUUGGCUGUUUCGGUUUAACCGAACCUAAUUUUGGAAGUGAUGCUGGUGGUAUGGUUACUAGAGCAAAGUAUGACGCCAAAACAAAAACAUACGUAUUAUCGGGAUCAAAGACUUGGAUAACGAAUUCGCCAAUUGCGGAUAUCCUUAUAGUGUGGGCCAAAAAUGAGGAAAAUAAAGUAAGAGGUUUUAUAGUUGAGAGAGCUCAAGUGAAAAAAGGUUUAGAUACGCCUAAAAUCAAUGGAAAAUUUUCUCUAAGGGCUUCGGCAACGGGAAUGAUAUUGCUCGACGAAGUCGCUAUUCCGGAGGAGAAUUUAUUGCCCAAUGUAGUAGGAAUGAGAGGGCCUUUUGGAUGUCUCAAUAACGCACGGUAUGGAAUAGCUUGGGGCGCGCUCGGGGCCGCCGAAACAUGUUUGCGGAUCGCUCGACAAUACACAUUAGAUCGGAAGCAAUUUGGGAGACCGCUCGCUUCGAAUCAGCUAAUACAAAAGAAAUUGGUUGACAUGUUGACUGAAAUAAGUAUUGGCUUCCAAGCCUGUUUACAAGUAGGUCGUUUGAAGGAUAAGGGUUUAGCUGCGCAUGAGAUGGUGUCAUUACUUAAAAGAAAUAAUUGUGGCAAGGCGUUGGAGAUUGCGAGAGUUGCAAGAGACAUGCUUGGCGGAAAUGGAGUGUCAGACGAGUAUCAUAUUAUAAGGCACGUUAUGAAUCUUGAGGCAGUAAAUACUUAUGAAGGAACACACGAUAUUCAUGCAUUGAUAUUGGGAAGAGCAACCACUGGCUUACAAGCAUUUUAUUAAAUAUAGUCACUUUUAUAAUAUUAUUAUUUUGUAGUCAUUUUAACAUGUUAUUUUCUAUAUCGUUUAUUUUUUGAUUAUAUGUAUAACUGUUAUAA